AUGGACUUUCCAGGGCAAGAACCGCGACUGGACGCGGGGAACAAGCAUCACGACCACUACGCUCAGAGACUCCCACAAUGGCGGAAUGCUCUGCGCCAGCGUCUGCUGCCCAUAGUGCGCCGGGAGACGCAUUACCUCGCCCUCCUCCAAGAUAAGAUGCGCUCGCCAGCCCUUGAUUCGUACUUUGCAUAUACUGCCAACCUGGGAACACACACCUUCUUCAUGGUCUUCCUGCCCAUCCAGUUCUGGUGCGGAUACACCAGCCUCGGGCGAGCGACCGUCUUCAUGUUGGCAGCCGGAAUCUACUGGAGUGGCUUCCUUAAGGACAUGCUCUGUCUACCAAGACCACAGUCACCUCCACUGGCUCGAAUUUCAAUGUCUGGCUCUGCUGCCCUCGAAUAUGGCUUCCCUUCCUCGCACUCAACCAAUGCAGUCUCGAUAACUUUCUAUGUCAUACAUACCAUACGGCAAUCGCCUGACCAGCACGAUCCAUACGUGUACAUUGGCUUGCAGGCCGCCUUCUACUUCUAUGCCCUCUCCAUCAUUUUUGGACGCCUGUACUGCGGCAUGCACGGCUUCCUCGAUGUCGUUGUAGGAAGCACGCUUGGCGCCCUGAUCACUGUGUUCCAGCUGGCAUGUGGCGAAUGGAUGAACUCCCGGAUAUUCAGCGGAUCCUAUGUGGACAUUGUGAUUGCGACGUUGAUCAUCUUUGUGCUAGUCCGCAUCCAUCCUGAGCCUGCAGACGACUGCCCGUGUUUCGACGACAGCGUCGCUUUUUCUGGAGUUCUUGUAGGAAUAAACCUUGGUGGCUGGCAUUUUGCACAGACUCGCUUCGCCGUAAACGAUCCCAUUCCCUCGACGGUUCCCUUUGAUCUGCAGGAAAUUGGGAUUGUCAAAGCAGUCGUCCGGGUUGUGCUCGGAGUUGUGAUGAUCUUCGUAUGGAGAGCUACUAUGAAGAAGACUCUGUUCAGGAUUCUUCCUCCCUUCUUCAGACUCCUGGAGCGUGCGCGUUUGAAUCUCCCUCGCGCAUUCUUCCUGAGUGCUUCAAAGUACACGUCGAUCCCGCCCCUGCGCGACGACGACAACGUCAUUCCCCCUAUCUCAGAACUGCCACACAUGCUCAGAAACCUCACCCAUCCACGCAAACGAGCCGUCUCCUUCGGCCCUCAAUCUGCCGCAGACGCCUAUGAAACACUCGCCUACCGCAACAGAAAGAGAGCAGAAAGCAUCACCUCGCACGACGGUACUAUGCCCGAAGGCAUUACCUGGUCACCAAGCCCUCGCUCCCCCGCAUUGGAGAAGGGUGAGCAGCACCUCGGCGCCAACGUCCUCCCCACACCCAUGACCUCACGCGUGCACUCCUACGAACAGAUUAUGGGCACAGAGAACGUUCAACCACAAAACACCACAUCCACCCCACCAGACAGCGACUCAGACGUCGCAGACAAAGCCAUAGAUUUCAUGCAGUCAUCCGAGGAAGCAGCCAACGAGAAACGGGAGAUAUUUAUGAAACUUACAAAACCGCGGGUACGGUAUGACGUCGAAGUCGUCACAAAACUGAUUGUAUACAGCGGCAUCGGGUGGAUAGCCGUCGAAGCCGCCCCUGUAGUCUUCGAGCUGGUAGGCCUGGGUAUGGGGCGUAGUCCAUGA